AUGACGAUACCUUUGCAUGAGACCGAGGGCGGCACGAUAGUUUCAAUCAUUUUGUCGCUGGUAUCGAUGGCUAUUUUAUCAGUAUGCCUAUCUCGAAGAGUGCAGAAUGUGCGAGAUUGGUCCCAACUUCCUCUUGUAUGUUGGUUGGUUCUACUUAUAUACAUCGACUCGAUCAUAUUUGUCUUGGGAACCGCCAUAUUGUCAAACGGAUUUGGAGUGGAUUUCUCUCAGGACAUAUGUUCCAAGGCUAUCUUGCUAUGUCUUGGGUGUUAUUUGACAACCAAAGUAAGUACUAAUCUGCACUCGGUAAUCAUAGAGCUCACAAUGCGCAGGUGCAGUUUCUUUACUACUUUCUGGUUGAGCGUGCGGUAUUACGUCAUCCGUCGAUCUUCAAACCCAAGAAUGAAAGACUGGCUAUACUUGUUUAACACCUUUGGCAUGUUGAUUCCAUAUUGUAUUGUCAUUGUGUUGAACUUCUACUUCCGGUUCGCAGUUUAUGAGAACCAUACAUGCAGGAUUGGGAUGAAGAGGGUCGCCAUGGGACCACUGAUAGGAUUUGAUAUACUUGUAAAUGUGUAUCUGACCUCGUUAUUCCUGAUUCCUCUUCGUGGACUCUACUCGUACAGAAUGAACCGCACGUCACACGUGCGAGUUAUCGCCCUCCGCAUAUUUAUUGGAAGCUGUUGCACCCUGGUUUCUAGUGUUGUUAACCUUACAGUAUUACUAGCCAUGAAAGGCGAGCCAGGUUGGAUAUGUCUCAUGUGCUGCAACAUCGACAGUAUGAUUGAUUACCUCCAAACAAUUUCUCCACAAAAUAACUCUUUCCUAGUCCUCUUUAGCGUUCUUGUACUGCACUGGAUAACCUCCAAAGACAACGCCUCAACCUUUUCAUCAUCGCAAAACGUCGCUAUCUACAACAUCAGCCGCGAUCGAGAAAGCCCAGUGUUUGCCCGAUACUCCAACCGAAAGAUGGCCCAUAGCCCCGGCCUAGCCCAAGACGACCUUGGACUUAGCGAGUACAGAAAAAGAGGCGGAGUUACGACAUUAGUAACUGCAAUUGGGGAAUCCGAUAAAGACGAGCACGCGCAUGUUCCGAAUGUCAUUACGGUCGAGAGUGAGCAUGUUAUAGAGGUAGAGCAGGGAAUGAUUAGCGAUAAUGAAAUUGGUCCACAUAUUGGAGGAAUGAUAGAGAGCACUGAAAAGCUGUUCCAGAAGAAUUAG